AUGAAGGUCCUAUCUAUUUUGACUACGGCACUCCUAUCUCUGGCAGUCGUCGCAACGCCUAUCCCAGACGAUACAGCAGCCGUCCGCGAAGCUUUAAUCGCGGAGAGGCGUGCUAAGCAACAAACCCCCACGACUGCUAUAUUGACACGCGACGCUGAAGCUGAAAGCGUUGGCCUGCUCAAGAGAGCAGAGCUGAAUUGCGAAAUCGUCAACGUUGUAACUACUGUUGACUGCCACUGGUGGCCAACCCAUGCAGACACAUUUAAUGGCAAUCCUAACUGGGUCGUGACCUCGUUCGGGCCGUCAACUAAACACGAUUUCAAUUGCUAUAUGAAUGGCCAGUCGGUUGGAGGAAUUACGUAA